GAGAGCAGAGAGAGAGAGGGAGAGAGAGAGAGACAGAGAGAGAGAGAGAGAGAGAGAACAGGGAGUCUUAGAGUUUAGUGGAACACAAAUAAUUUUGUCACCAGCGAGCUCUGACUUGUAGAGACAGAGACGGUGCUGGUAAAGAGAGAGAGAGAGAGAGAGAGGGAGGGAAAGAGAGAGAGAGGGAAUAGGGGGAGAGUUAAAUAGAGGGAGGGAGCAACACGCAUGUUCUGACAGAGGACAAGAAAGAGAGAGAGAAACGUUUUCACUCCUAGGGAGAAGCAGUAGAGAGAACAUAGAGAGAGAGAAAGAGAGAGAGGACGUAAAGAACAGGAGAGAUAAACGGACAGAGCAGUGAGGGAAGUGGACAAAAAGAGACCCUGCAAUCUGAUCACUGUGGCAGUGUGUGAAGUGAGAGUUUUUAUCUCUGUCUAACCAGGCUCGGGCUCGUACCAUCACUCACCUUCCCAACCGACGCGCGCUGGUCUGGUCUGUUCAUUUCUUACUUUUCUUUCAUUAGAUCCGUCCUGGUUUUAUGCGUCAAGUCAUUUUCCUAUGGUCAACUAGUGGGGUUUUGUGAACAUCUCUACUCGUCUUUCUGCUCUAGUUUCUAGAAUCUCUGUCCUUGUUGAAACAGGUUCAGUACCUCGGUCCCUACCUUCUCUUUGUUUAGGCACCGUCCAGAGGAACACAGAGCAGGCAGAGCGGUAUGUGUUGUGUGGAGUUACUAGCUGCAGGACAGGGUUUGGCUGUUUGAACAGACUCAAUGACCAGUCCGUUGUGUUGUGUUGUGUGACCAGUCCGUUGUGUUGUGUGACCAGUCCGUUGUGUUGUGUGACCGUUGUGACUCUCUGAGAGCUUGUAAAGAUAAAGCCCAGUCAGCUCUAUGUGCUGUAAGAACGUCUGCAUAUAUUAUCCUAGAUUAACACAAGAUUGAAGUUAUACUUCGGUGGAACCAGAUAGCUUUUUUCGCUGCUCUCUGGGGUGGCUGUUUUUGUUGUUGUGGUGACAGUCACUAGAUUCUAGCUGUUCUGUUUGACAACUCUCUCUCCACCUGGUCGUGUUUCAGCAUCGUAGACGUCACUCUCCUUUCUACCGGACUUUUUUUUUUUUUUACAUUUAAAAACGAAAUCUACUUGAGGCUGAGUCACAAGGCUGUCUGUCUGUCUGGGGUUCUCCCUUCGUGACUCAGAGGAGACUCAGGUGAUUUUCACACCAGUGACAGCAAUAACAGCAGUCACCGCAGCAGUGUGGGGGCAUUAGGCUGAGAGACUCUCUUCAUCACCACAGACCUUUAAUUGUUCUGGCCUGUAAACACCUUGCGUCAGUCACACUUACACUCUGACUGAUUCACUGUUCUCUGAGGGGGGAGAGAGAGAGACAGAUAGACAGAGAGACAGAGAGAGAGAGAGAGAGAGAGAGGGGAAAAAAGAGCACUGAAGGAGAAAGGUGUUGAGAAGCAGAACAGACGGACCAUGAGACUGGUGUGUUUGGUCCUUACUUGCCUGACGGCGCUGUGCUUGGCGGGCAGCGUGAGCAGCAUGUCCACCUGUAAGACUCUAGACCUGGAGCUGGUUAAGAAGAAACGCAUCGAGGCGAUCAGGGGACAGAUCCUCUCCAAGCUGAGGAUGCCCAAGGAGCCGGAGGAGGAGCAGGCGGGAACAGGGAAGGAGAUCCCUGUAGCGUUGCUCUCUCUCUACAACAGCACCGUGGAGCUCAGUGAGGAGCAGAAACUACAGCCACACCCCACCACACACACACUGGAAGAAGAGGAGGAGUACUUCGCCAAGGAGGUCCACAAGUUCACCAUGAAGCAGGAUAAGAAUGUCACCAAGCACCAGAUGCUGUUUAACCUGAAUGAGAUGAGGUCCAGCAUUGGGGACUACCAUCUACUCUCCAGCGCUGAGCUCCGCCUACUCAUCAAAACCACUAACAUCCCGUCUGGCAGUGAGCAGCGCCUGGAGCUCUACAAGGGGCUGGGCGACAGCAGACGAUACCUGGGAUCACGCUUCGUCACCAACAAGUGGAGUGACCGCUGGCUGGCUUUCGACGUCACUGAAACCCUCAAGGAAUGGCUGAAGGGGACCGAGGAAGAGCAGGGCUUUGAGUUGAAGCUGUACUGUGAGUGUGGUAAACCCAUGGAAAAGUUCCUCUUCAGUAUCUCCGGGUUGGACAGCGGGGUACGAGGUGACGUGGCUGGUCUAGCCAAGAACAUGAGGAAGCCUCACAUCUUGGCCAUGUCCAUCCCCCAGAACUACAGCUCACAGCUCACCUCCUCGCGUAAGAAACGGGCCGUCACUACAGGCGACACCUGCACAGAUAAAACAGAGAACUGUUGCGUGAGGAAACUCUACAUCGACUUCAGGAAAGAUCUGGGCUGGAAGUGGAUCCACCAGCCAAAAGGUUACCAUGCCAACUACUGCAUGGGCUCAUGCACCUACAUCUGGAAUGCUGAAAACAAAUACUCUCAGAUCCUUGCCCUGUACAAGCACCACAACCCAGGAGCGUCGGCCCAGCCGUGCUGUGUACCCCAGGUCUUGGACCCUCUGCCAAUCCUCUACUACGUAGGGAGACAACACAAGGUGGAACAGUUGUCCAACAUGAUUGUAGAGAGCUGUAAGUGCAGCUAGAAGACAUCGGUCAUAUCUCCUCUAUCUCCCCUAUCUCCUCUUAUCUCCUAUUAUCUCCUCUAAUCUCCUCUAAUCUCCUCUAAUCUCCUCUAAUCUCCCCCAUCUCCUCUAAUCUCU